AUGCCUGGACUAAUCGAGAAGAGCGAGCGCGUUGUCCUUGUACAAGGGCUGGUGGACUUCCUCCUGAUAUCCGAAGGAGCGCGGAUUGCUAUCCAGAACAUGACUUGGAAUGGUGCACAAGGCUUCCAGACACCUAUUGAGAACGACACGCUCGUGGUCCCGGGCUUCGGCGCGCUUGGAACCGCUCACUCUGAGCGUGGCCUGACAUACUACGAGGUGCAACUGAGCGGGCAUAUGAUCCCGCAGUACGCUCCUUGGAGCGCAUUGCACAUCAUGCAAUACUUGAUGGGCUUCCGGGACACUCUUUGA